GAUUGGGUCAAUCCCCGCAGGAUGAGGCCAAUAGCCCUGAUUUUGCGGAGCAAAAUAAAAUUUUGAAGGCGGUGGAAAAUUUCUCUGACAUCACCUAGCUGGCUGCCAGUGCGAGUGUAAAAUCACUUAGGCAAUCCAUUAUUGAAUACCUUCUUUUUCACCCUAUAAUGGCUUCUGGACUCGCUACCGGUUUGAAUAAGGGACACAUCACCGCUCGUCGUGAGCUCAAGGUUACUCCUUCCUACAAGAAGGGUAUCCAAAGCAAGCGCACCAAGUUCGUUCGUGAUCUCGUCCGCGAAGUUACUGGCUUUGCUCCUUAUGAGCGUCGUAUCAUGGAAUUGAUCAAGAACUCCAAGGACAAGCGCGCCAAGAAGCUCUGCAAGAAGAGACUCGGAACAUUCGUUCGUGCUAAGGCAAAGGUUGAGGAACUCACCAACGUCAUUGCCGAAUCUCGCCGUCAUUAAGUGUAUUCCAAUAUGAGUUGGCAUAGGUUGGAUAAAUGUGUCAAUAAUAUGAUUCAUACACACGACAACAAUAAAAAAUAUGCACAUUCUUUUGGUUAUCUACUACCAACACUAUUGAAAUGGGAAUAUGUCGAUGAGGGGAAACGAAAACGAAGGAAGACAACAUAGCGAAAAUCCUUUUACCCACUGUGUUGCAGUGUGAUCUCUGACUGAGUGAACAGUCC